GCAUAUCAAGGAGAGGAAGAGGAAGAAGAAGGAGGCAAAAGGGGUGCUGCCAAUUUCCGUCCAGCAGCGAGACAGCCUGUUAGAAGGACGAUUCCGGACAAUCAAGCCGUUGGAUCGUCCUGAGAUUUGUAGGUUGGGUUUCAUACUUCUUUGGCUACGAUUUGACCGUUGGGAUCAUCGAUAUGAUCUCUGGUUCAUCGAGGAAAAUCGCUGGACAGAAGGGCUGCGAUACUGUUUUUCUGUAGCAGGACAGCAGAUUAGAGGUAAGGAUCAAGCCGGGGGCUCAUCCAAAGGCAAGGGCAUAGCCGAGUGAAGACAAAGCUAUCAAGAUCAGAAGUAAGGUCUGUACUGUAGAUAUCGGGACUCAAGCGUGAAGGGAAGCCAUGAGUCAAGGAGCAGAUCCGCAACCUCACGGGAACCCUAAUGCUGGAGGUUCUAAUUUUAAUGGGAAUAAUGCUGAGUCCCGCAAUAGAGCCAAUCCUUAUGUCAAGGAUUUUGAAAGGCUGAGGAAUAUGGGGGCUGAGUUCUUUAAAGGGGCUAUUGACCCUAAAGAUGCUCUGGACUGGAUCAAGGAGAUGGAACGAAUCUUUAACCUCCUUGAGUGUCCUGAUGAAGCAAGAGUGGAGUAUAUGUACUACCUGCUCAGGUCUGAUGCUUAUGACUGGUGGUUGACCGUACCUGGGGCUCAGGAUCGUACAAUUCGGUAUACCUGGGCGGAAUUUCUUGAGAAAUUCCGUAAGCAAUAUGUGCCUGAUCUGUAUGUGGAUAGGAAGAAGAAAGAGUUUCUGGACCUGAAACAGCAAAGGGGGCAGACUGUUAAAGAGUAUGAUGCCACUUUCCAUCGUUUGAUGACCUUCGCGAUGGAGUUGGUACCUACUGAACGAGCUAGAUGUAACCGCUAUGAGCAAGGCCUGAAUCCCCAGAUCAAGAUGAUAGUAGCAAAAUCAGAGACGACUGAUCUUGCCACCUUGAGAGAGGCUGCCAUGAGAGCAGAGGAUUUGGUGAAUGAAUUGGGAGCACAAAUGGCUGAAGGAAGGAAGAGGACGUGGAAGAAUGUGGGUUCCUCGAGUGCUGGGAACUCAUUCGGGGGUAGACCUAAUCAGAUUCCGAAGAUUUCACGUCCAGUGGCCAGUUACCCCGGACAGGAGCGGAGAAGUGCAGGCCCAGCUCAUAUUUGCCCACAUUGUGGGAAUCAGCAUGUGGGUGUUUGUAGGAGGGUGACUGGUGGGUGUUUCCGAUGUGGAGACACCAGCCACUUCCUCCGUGAUUGUCCCCACAUGUCAGAGUCCAGGCCUGCUGGAUCCCAGACCACAAUUCAAGGGUCCAGAAGGACUGGAGGUUCAGUGAGAGGAUCAGGAAGAGGUGGUAAUAAUCGUGGCAAAAGUCAGGGUGGACAGAGCAGUCGG